AUGUUUGAAGGAUUGGUGAGGCAGUUGAUAUUGGGAUAUCUGGGUCAAUACAUUAAAGACAUCCAAGAGGAGCAGCUCAAGAUCACUCUUUGGCACGAGGAAGUGUUCCUGGAAAAUGUGGAGUUGAUUCUUGAAGCUUUUGACUACCUUCAGCUUCCAUUUGCUCUCAAACAAGGUCGGGUUGGGAAGUUGAGCAUCAAAAUUCCAUGGAAAAAACUUGGCUGGGAUCCCAUCAUAAUCAUUUUAGAGGAUGUGUAUGUAUGUGCCUGCAACCGGGAUGAUGAAGAGUGGUGCAUGGAUGCUGUUGAAAGAAGAGAAUUUGCUAGCAAAAAGGCUAAACUUGCUGCUGCAGAACUUGCUAAGUUAUCGAGACGUGUAUGUGACAACCAGGCUGGUAAAUCAUUUAUUUCAUACAUCACCGCAAAGAUUCUUGACAACAUCCAAGUAUCCAUCAGAAAUGUCCAUGUCUUGUACCGUGAUACACUGAUGGCAACGGCAAUCACCACAUUUGGUUUAAAGUUUGAAAGUCUUACAAUUAUGAAGCAAAAUCCUGUCGGAUCUUCUAUUGCAAAAGUUAGAGCGGGUCAAGUUAACAAACUGAUUGAAGUUCAGGGUUUAGAAUUUUAUUUUAAUACUUUCCAAGGUGUUGACGAUUUGAGUUCAGAGAGCCUUGCAGAGUCCAAGCGACAGGAUAUUGAUAUCUCUAUGUUAGAUCCAUUGGAUGUAUCUGUGUCUCUGUCGGUGAACAGAUCAGGGAAACUCGAGAAAGAUGCUCCGCAGUAUACCAUCAAUGUUGAUUUCACUCGGGUGGUCAUGUCUAUGAAUGAGGUUCAGCUUCAGCAGAUCUUAACUCUGUACGAUUAUCUAUCUUUGUGUCAAUUGAGAGAGACAUAUGGACGUUAUCGUCCUUGGCGGACUCCUUUAGAUAGAAAGCUCAAGGGGUGGCAAAUCGCAUGGUGGCAAUAUGCUCAACAAUCUGUUCUUUCUGAUGUUCGAAGGAGGUUGAGGAAAACUUCUUGGAAAUAUCUAGGAGAGCGUCUAAACUGUCGCCGGAAAUACGUGAGCUUGUACAAGAUCAAGUUGAAAUGCCUCAAACAGGAUCAGGUGAUAGAAGAAGAUGUCCAGCAGGAGUUGGAGGAAAUGGAGAAAGCAACUGAUAUAGAUGACAUCUUGGGUUACAGAUCUAUGGCCGAACGUGAGCUAGAGGAUUUUCUAGUGAAUUCACCCUCCAGCCAAGAAAGCAAUGCUGUAAUUUUUGAAAAAUCUCUGGAAGAUAGUCGUCUUCCCAGCAAGCCCCGGGGAUGGUUAAACUGGUUGUCCCGUGGGAUGCUUGGUGCUGGUGGAACAGAUGAUUCUAGCCAAUUUUCAGGUGUUAUUUCUGAUGAUGUAAUAAAGGAUAUAUAUGAGGCGACAAAAUUCCAUCCUUCUCCUUUACUAAAUGGUGACGUUUCCUUGAUGGAUGAAGUUUUCUUCUCUUCAAUCAAGUUCAACAUUCGUGAAAUUUGUGCAACACUUCUGAGUGUGGACUUGGGCGGUGCUAUUGCCAAUGUGAUGCUAGAUGAGAUUUCUGUUGAGGGCAAGCUCUGGGAGAAAUCUGGAGUAGUUACUGCCUCAGUCAAGUCUGUGCAGUUGCUUAAUCCAUGUAACAAUCAAUUUAUUUUAUUAACAAAAAAGGUCUAUUCUGAGGAAAAUCUUCUUGAAAUUCAGCCUUCACUGAAUAUCAAAAUUGACCUUUCCCCGACAAAUUCUGAUGUUAAUUUAUCAGUCAAGGUUAUACUUCAUCCAACUGAGGUGAUCUGUGAUUCUGAGUUUCUUAGAAACAUUGUGGAUUAUUUUCAUGUCUUGAAACACUUGAGCUUUCAGCAGGAAAGGAUCCUGAUAUCGCUAAAUGGCAUUGACAAUCUCCAUGCGCGACUUCUGUCAAAAAUUGAUUAUGUUUUAUCAAAUCGCCAAAAGUUGGUGUGGGAUAUUAAUCUUCUUAAUGCUGUCAUAAUUGUACCAUGGGAAAACGCAAACUCUGAACCACACAAGAUGGUAUUGGAAGCAGGACCUAUUUCCUUUGUGUCUAAUCGUGAAAUAGGCUCUUUUUCCUCUCACAUGCCAGAUCAAUCUUGUCUUCUGAAAAACUAUAUUCGUUCCCAUUCCACUGAAGAUAUUCCUAUUGGGCUUCAAUUUCAAGACCUGUAUGAUCUCUUCGACAUGAAUAUAAAUAAUUUGGAGAUGAAAAUAAUGACGCCUCAAGCUUCCGCACCUAUUCCCGUUUUUGAGAAAUUCAAUGCAUCUUCAAGCUUGGCUUCCUGUAUUAUCCUUGAUGAACCAAUUCUGAAAGGAUUGGAGGUUCAUAUAAAGGUGUCAUCACUUUUUGCUCACUUCUCUGCAUCGAUGUAUGGGGCAAUUCUGGGAUUAAUUAAACAUUUUAAUCUGCUGCUGCUUCCAUCGGACUCCAUCAUGCCACUUGAUGUUAUGUCAAAUGAACUGAGGACUUCCACAUAUCUCUGGUUCUCUAUCACUACUACUCUGGAUGUGAUUGAUUUGCUAGUUGACCUUGAAGAUGGUGUAACUAAUGGCUACACACUCUUGCUUUGUAUUCAAAUGUUAGAUUUGGGGUUUGAUAAAAAAGAUAUACCAGAGUGCUGGGCCUCUGUGAAGACAUUGAGGAUCACCGCAUGUUCACCAAACGAUGAUCAGAAAAACUAUGUCCUUUGCUCAACUGGAAGUGUAUUUGGCUCUGAAGCUGUAGGACUGGAAAACAUGAGUGUCUGCCUUGGCUGCCAUGAUGAAAAUUCUGAUGAUAAAAGUUCAACUGCUUAUGGGUGCAUUUUUUUGCAUUAUGAAGCUUGCAGAAAAAUUGAAUUCUUUCGUCACAAAUAUAAAAUAUGCAUAAACAAUCUUGAUAUUAAUUGCUACCCAUUUAUAGUUGGGCUAAUGGUCAGAUUUUUUGACAAAGUUUCAAUGUAUAGAACAUCAAAUGUUGAGGACAGGCAACCAAAUGUGGAGGGUAAAAAUCUCUCAUCAAGGCCUGGCUUUGAUCUGCGAAAUUUUGGUUUCUUGAACCUACAUGGAGAUGGUUUCUCUGAAUGGACAAGCAUCUCGUUGGAUCAUUUUCCUUUUGUUACAUGUAAAAAUUUCAGAUCACUUUUUAACAUUGAGGAUCCAGCUAUUGAUGUGAGAGCUGAAUGGAAGACAGCUCUAAAUUUGAAGAAUCAGGAAAAAAAAAGUCCCGAAUUCAGCAAUGCGGAGAGAGCAGAAGUAUUUUCUUCCCCACUGCUGAAGCCUAAUACUGGUGCCGAUUCUUGGCAAAGAACCUUUAGUGAUAAUGGCUCGAUUCUUGUUGAUAUGAAGCUUGGCAGUAUUGCAGUGCAUUUUCAUGAUUCCUCAUGCGUUAUUGGCACUGUUUCUUUGCCCUUGGCAAAAUCACUAUUCUCUGUUUGUGAAGAUUGUUUGGAUAUAGUUUGUUCUACUGAAGGAUUGAACCUUUCUUCAUUACAGUGCACUCAAACCAUCCAUGAGUUUCUUUGGGGUCCAGUAUCACUCAACCUUUCUCCAAUUCUAAACUUACGACUGAGGAAAGAGAACACUCAUUCUCUGAAAUCUCAUCUUGAAAUGGAUUUCAGCAUCCAGCAUGUAUCCUGCAUUUUACCUCCUGACUUUCUGGCUAUAGUUAUUGGUUAUUUUUUAUUACCUGAUUGGAACCUCAGUACAGAAGAGGGGCCUACUGGCAAGAAAUUAGAGUCUAUGAAUUCAGAAGACUCCAUGAGUAUCACUUAUAAUUUCGAGAUACUGGAUUGUGAUUUGAUUACUCCAGCUGGAUACUGCUCUGAGUUUGUGAAGGUUGACAUUGAACAAUUGUGCAUUAGUUUUAUAGAAAACAUUGAUUCAGGUAUGGUACUAAAGGGCAUUCCUUCCACUUGUCGUGUGAGUGCCGAUAAACUUGCUGAUAGAAAUCAUUGUAUUGAUUUAAUUGGACAUAACCUAUCUCUAUCUCUGUUAUUACUGAAAAGUGAUAUGGUUGAUUCCUCGAGUAUAUAUCAGAAUAUCAUCUUGAUUGCACCAUUGAGUGCUGAUGUAUGGGUGAGAAUACCUGGCCAGUCUGAGUUUUCUGAUGUAGCUUCUUCUUGCCCAGCAUGUAUUAUGGCUAAUGUCAGUAGUUGUCAGGUUGACAUUGAAGGAAUUUUUGCAGUUGUUGGUUUUGAGGCACUGGUGUAUGUGAUCCAUCAAUUUUCCAUGGUCAACGAAAAAUCCAAAAUGUUCACGUCUGAUAUCUCACAGUUUCUGCAGGUAAAAGAACCCCUGUUAGAAAAUGUUUCACUUCAACCUGAAGCCUCAACAGUCACCUUCACUGAGAUGAAGUUCUGUAUGAAGUCACUGUCAUUAAGAUUGCAUCACUCGAAAAAAGAAUCAACUUCUUCUGAAGUCGUAGCAGAGGCAGAGAUGCAAUUUACAUGCACUGCAUCACUAAUGAAUGGAAAACCUCUAUGCUUUUAUAUUUCUUUCUCUUCUCUUGCUCUAUUUUCAUUAUUGAGUUCUGUUAUGCUUGUGGAGUGCGCUUCUCCGAGCUCGGGUUCAUCAGUUCUUGACAUGGCUCUUUCAGUGUCAGAUCAUGGGGAAAAUCAUCUUGUUGUGUCACUUCCUUCUUUGGAUGUUUGGGUACACUUGUUUGACUGGAUUGAGAUCUUUGAUCUACUUGGUUCAUGCAUUGAGCAGCCCUUUGUUUCAUUGACCUUGGAUCCUAGUGAAAAUAUAGAAAUCUCAAGUUGUACUUCAUCUACAAACAAGAGGCAUGAUGCUGAUUAUUUUACUCUAACAUUAGAAACUCUUGGAAUGACUAUUCAUAUUCCUGCCGAGGUCAACAGGGCUUCAUCUAGCACAUUUUGGAGGCCUCAUACUCAUGAUGAACAGUGUGUGAGUGGCUUCUGUGGCAGAAUAGUUGGAAAUCAGAAUUGCUUUCUUUCUGUUACCUUGCAGAGUAGACAAACUGUACUAGUAGCUGAUGGCAAAACUAUGAAACUAAAGGUCAAUCUUGAAAAAAUGAUUGGGAUGAUGAAUCUAUUUGUGGAUAAGAGUGAACAGACAUGGCCUCUUUUUCAAUCGUUUCAAAUCAAUCUUGAAGCAGAUAUUUUUAGUUAUAUGAUUGAGAAUGCAGACAUGAAAGUGGAAGUUAUAUGUGACAAUCUAGAAGUACAGCUCUCGGAUCACAUAUUGUACUUCUUGCAGUUCACGUGGUUAGAAAAAUCUGAAAACAGGCCUUUUCAAUUUAUAUUCAAGGGUGUGGAUUUUACAGCACAACUAAGGAAUUUUUCUCUUCUCGUAAUUGAUUCGAAGUGGACUUCUCGUGGGCCUUUGCUGGAGCUUCUUUUAAGAAAUUUAAUCUUUUGCUCAAACGUAAUGCCGGACAAAAUUGAGGGAACAAUUGGCUGUGAGCUGCAGGUGAACUACAACAACAUUGAGAAGGUCUUAUGGGAGCCUUUUGUAGAACCUUGGAAAGUUCAGUCGAGCAUGAGCAGAAAGCAUGACGAGAGUGCCCUUUUGAAAAGUUCAAUGAUGACAGACAUCCACCUUGAAUCUACAUCACAGCUCAACUUGAAUAUUACUGAGUCCCUUGUUGAGGUUGUUUCGAGGGCAAUUGAGAUGAUCAAGGAUGCAUGGGGCUUUAUGGGCAUGACAGAAAGUUCGAAGUUCUUAAAUUCUCGGAUUAGAGAAAAUCUAGAAACUGGAAGAUAUGCUCCAUAUAUACUACAGAACUUGACUACUCUGCCUCUUGUAUAUAAUGUCUGCCAAGGGCAAGUCAGGGCUGAUGAUAUGGAUUUGUCCCAGUCAAAAUGUGUUCUGCAACCCGGUUCUUCUACUCCAGUUUAUGUCAAUGAAUCUCCUGAGGAACAGCUUUUCCGCUAUAGGCCAGUGCAAUCUUCUGAUCGACUCACUGACAAGCAAUUGCUAGAGGCAGCACAUCAUUAUAUAAUUUUCCAACUUGAGGGUACAUCUAUUCCGUCUGAUCCCAUUUCAAUGGAUCUUGUUGGUCAAAGGUACUUUGAAGUGGAUUUUUCAAAAUCAUCAAAUAAUGCAGAACUUGGUAGGGACGCAGAUAUUGCGGUAAGUAAUAAAAGAGUUGAAGAAGUUGGUAGAAUGGAUGUAAACAGAGGAUUUAUUGUUCCUGUGGUGAUUGAUGUCUCUGUACAGCGGUAUACAAAGUUGAUGCGGCUGUAUUCAACAGUUGUUCUUUUGAAUGCAACUUCUGUGCCACUUGAACUACGAUUUGACAUCCCAUUUGGUGUCUCUCCAAAGAUUCUGGGCCCAAUAUUUCCUGGUCAAGAGUUUCCUCUUCCUCUUCAUUUGGCAGAAUCAGGACGCAUACGAUGGCGUCCUCUCGGUGACACAUAUCUAUGGAGUGAAGCUUAUAGCAUGUCAAGUAUUGUUUCACGUGAAAGCAGGAUCAGCUUUUUGCGUUCCUUUGUUUGUUAUCCUUCUCAUCCAAGCAGUGAUGCAUUUCGCUGCUGCAUUUCUGUGCGCGAUCAGUGCUUGCCUUCUACUGCUAUGUUAAAGAAAGUUUUGUCCCCAUUUGAUGUUGACAUUGGGAAACAUUCUUAUAAAAGUAAUGAUGAAUUCUCAAAUAAGCUGGAGAGGCCAAAGGAUAGGUUUCUACACCAACUAACUUUAACUAGUCCGCUUGUGUUGAAAAACUAUCUUCCAGAGGCAAUAUGUUUGACGUUAGAAAAUGCUGGUGUUACGCGUACUGCCUUUCUUUCAGAGGUUGAAACUUCUCUCUUUCAUGUCGAUUCCUCGCACGACCUGGCAGUAAUUUUCCAAUUGCGAGGAUUUAAGCCUUCAAUGAUCAAGUUUCCACGUGCUGAAACAUUUAGUGCAUUGGCAAAAUUCAGUGGGACGAGAUUCUCUGUGUCUGAAGUGAUUAAGUUUGAUCCUGAAUUAUUGGAUGGUCCUUUAUUUAUUACCAUGGAAAAAGUAAUGGAUGCAUUUUCUGGAGCUCGUGAAAUACAUGUAUCUGCUCCAUUUUUAUUGUAUAAUUGCACUGGGUUUUCUCUUCGUCUCUUGAGCUCUAUCAAUGAAAUGAAAGGUUAUAGCUGCAUCCUUCCUUCAUGCUAUAGUAUAGACGAGGAAAACCUACUUUUUGAAAGGAAAGAUGGUCUUGGUUUUCUCUGUUCGAAUCUGGAUAAGCCUGCCACUACAGGUUCAACCAGUGAAACAAAUUUGAAUUCUCCUGAUUUAUUGGAAACUGAGAGUAAAAAGGUUGGCGCUUGCUUGUUUUCUCCUGAUCCAAAUUCAUUUUCUGGUGACAUUAUGGUCAGGCUAAGUAGGUACCUGCCUUCUGUCUUGGAAAGCUAUUCCAAGCAAUCUUGGUCUUCUCCAUUUUCUCUUGUCCCACCAACUGGUUCAGUUAGUGUUCUUAUUCCUCAACCAUCCAUGACUUCUGGGUAUUUAGUAUCUGUUUCUGCUGUGGCUGCACCAUUUUCCGGAGAGACAAAAAUCAUCACCUUCCAGCACAGGUACGUGAUAAGUAACGCAUGCACCAAAAAAUUGUGUUAUAAGCAGAAGGGAACUGCUUUUGCUGUUUCACUGGGAGCUGGACGGCAUUCCCAUAUUCAGUGGACCGAUACAACAAGGGAAUUAUUGAUUUCUGUUCGUUUUGAUGAACCUGGAUGGGAGUGGUCAGGAUGCUUCUUGCCGGAGCAUCUAGGUGAUACUCAAAUUAAAAUGAGAAAUUAUAUCUCAGGUGCAAUCAAUAUGAUACGUGUGGAAGUGCAGAAUGCUGAUAUUUCUAUCAGAGAAGAAAAGAUUGUUGGAAGCCCCCAUGGGAACUCUGGGACAAACUUGAUUAUUUUAUCUGAUGAUGAUACAGGCUUUAUGCCAUACAGAAUUGACAACAUGUCUAGGGAGAGGUUGCGAAUUUACCAGCCAAGAUGCGAAUCUUUUGAAACAUUGGUUCAAUCUUACACUUCUGCCCCUUAUGCUUGGGAUGAACCCUGCUAUCCACAUCGUCUCACAGUUGAGGUACCUGGUGAACGUGUUUUAGGAUCAUAUGCUCUUGAUGACAUAAAAGUUCAGUCAUUUGUGUACUUACCUGCAACUUCGGAGAAGCCUGAAAGAAAUUUGCUCAUUUCAGUCCAUUCUGAAGGAGCUAUUAAGGUUCUUACAAUUGUUGAUUCAAGUUACCAUGUAUUGAAUGAUUUGAAGAGUCUGCAUGUUCCUCAGCUGAAAGAUAAAAGAAAACCGAUUCAGAAGUAUGAAACUUCUGUUCGUUACAAGGAAAGGAUAUCAGUUGACAUACCCUUUCUUGGAAUCUCUUUGAUGAAUUCUCAUCCUGAGGAGUUACUCUUUGCAUGUGCCAAGAACAUAAAAGUUAAUUUUGUACAGAGCUUGGAUCAACAACAGUUUAACUUACAAGUUUCAUCCUUGCAAAUUGAUAAUCAGUUGAAUAUUACUCCAUACCCUGUAAUCCUCUCUUUUGACCAUGGAAACAAGGGCAAUCUGGUCAACCAGGUGAAGUAUAAAGAGGAUAGUACAAAAAUGGCAAGUGGAAGUAUGCCCCAAAUUGCUUAUCAUGAACCAGUGUUCUCCUUAGCUGUUGCAAAGUGGAGGAACAAAGAUACAUUGGUUUCAUUUGAACAUAUUAGCCUCAGAAUUGCAGAUUUUUAUCUCGAGAUCGAGCAAGAAGUAGUAUUGAGAUUGUUUGACUUCUUUAAAACCUUAUCUUUGAGGUUGGAGAGCAGAAUUUUCCAGCACGUGGGCUCCACACAGCAUCAAUUGUUUCCUGAUUUUGAAUUUUCUAGGAAUGCCCCUGUAAAUGUUGGAAAACAUGUGUAUUCCACUAACAUUACAAUGCUUAAUCAAGACUACAAAAGAAGUUGUUUGCUACCUAAAAUGGUCCCAACUGGAGCUCCAUGGCAGCAAAUUCACCUUCUUGCCAGAAAGCAGAAGAAGAUAUACGUCGAAUCAUUUGAUAUGGCACCAAUUAAGUUCACAUUGAGCUUUUCCAGCAGUCUGUGGAUGCUUAGAAAUGGGGUUCUUACAUCAGGAGAAUCUCUUAUCCAUAGAGGUCUUAUGGCUCUUGCUGAUGUUGAGGGCGCAAAAAUUCAUCUUAAUCAACUGAUCCUUUCACACCAGCUAGCUAGCUGGGAAUCCAUCCAAGAGAUUCUUAUUAGCCAUUACACUCGGCAGUUUCUACAUGAGAUGUACAAGGUUUUUGGUUCUGCUGGCGUUAUAGGAAAUCCUAUGGGAUUUGCAAGGAGUCUAGGUCUCGGCAUCAAAGAUUUCCUAUCACUUCCUAUCUGGAAUGUUUUUCAGAGUCCUUCUGGACUUGUUACUGGUGUAGCACAAGGUACCACGAGUCUUCUGAGCAACACAGUGUAUGCCAUAAGUGAUGCUACAAGUCAAUUCAGCAAAGCUGCACAUAAGGGUAUUGUUGCAUUUACAUUUGAUGACCAGACUGUGACGAAGAUGGAAAAGCAACAAAAGGGAAUGUCUUCACAUAGUAAAGGCGUCAUAAAUGAAUUCUUAGAGGGACUCACUGGUGUUCUCCAAUCGCCUAUUAAAGGGGCUGAAAAGCAUGGCCUUCCUGGAUUGUUGUCAGGCAUAGCUGUAGGUGUAACAGGACUCGUGGCAAGGCCAGCAGCCAGUAUUCUUGAAGUCACCGAAAAAACUGCACAAAGUAUCAGAAAUCGUAGUAGGCUCCACCAGAUGGGACAUCAUCACUUGAGGGUUCGUUUACCGAGGCCUCUAAGUAGAGAAUUUCCCCUAAGGCCUUACUCUUGGGAGGAAGCAGUCGCCUCAUCUGUAUUUACUGAGGCCGACAUGAAUCUUCAGGAUGAGACCUUAGUCAUAUGCAAGGCACUUAACCCUGGUGGUCAAUUCGUAAUUAUCACCAAAAGACUUGUCUUAGUUGUUAGUUGCUCAAGUUUGAAAGAUUUGGGUAAACCUGAGUUUGAAGGGGUUCCUGCAGACCCAAAGUGGGUGAUAGAAUCAGAAAUCGGGUUGGAGAGUGUCAUUCAUGCCGACAGUGAUAAAGAGGUGGUACAUAUUGUUGGAAGCAGUUCAGAUACAACCACCAGACACAACCAACACAAUCAGAAAAGAGCAAAGGGAAAGCAGUGGAAUAUUUUGCAUACUCUCCCUCUUUUACAGACUAAUUUGGUACUUACAUGCCAAGAAGCAGCACAGGAGUUUCUUGAAGUACUUUUGUCUACAAUUGAGAAGGAAAAGGAACAAGGAUGGGGCUUUGUGUAUGUUUUGCAUCAGAGCAAUAUUAAGUAG